GAGGAAUCAAAGAUGAACUUGGAGCAGGAGAGGCCUUUUGUCUGCAGUGCCCCAGGCUGCUCACAGCGUUUUCCAACAGAGGAUCAUCUGAUGAUUCACAGGCACAAACAUGAAAUGACUUUGAAGUUUCCUUCAAUAAAAACAGAUAAUAUGUUAUCAGAUCAGACUCCUACACCAACACGGUUUCUGAAGAACUGUGAGGAAGUGGGCCUCUUCAACGACAUCGAUUGCUCCCUAGAGCACGAAUUUAGAAAGGCACAAGAAGAAGAAAACAACAAAAGGAAUAUCUCCAUGCAUAACACAGUUGGAGGAGCAAUGGCAGGACCUGGAUCUCACCAGCUGACAAACACAAGGAUGCCAAACCAUGACACCAGCGUUGUGAUUCAACAAGCCAUGCCGUCUCCACAGUCCAGUUCGGUCAUUACGCAAGCACCUUCCACAAAUCGUCAGAUUGGGUAA